GACCGUAAUCGGAAUAUUUCGUCAGCGGUGCGAAAUAGACCGCGUUUGUUCAUAUUUACUCGAGUAUUAGCGUGUGUAUCGGUCCGUAUUUGUUGCGCAGUAAAACGACACCCGCGGAAGUGACCAAGAUAGGAAGAAUUGACGACGUAUGUUUGCAUGACGCAAUGUCCGAGCGACUGGCAACGCGCACCGAGUGAAUCGUUGGGAAGUUGCGAGAUGGCUUUCCUAGUUUUCGGAUUGACUGUAAGACAAAAAUGACUCUACGUCGGAUACACGUGACGCCAUCUACUUUAAGCUAGUGCUCUUGUGUAUAUCACACAACCGUCCGACCAUGAAGUUGCUCCACAAAGACAUUGAGAAAGAUAGUGCCGGCCAGGUGACUCUGAUGCCGGAGGAGGCGGAGGAUAUGUGGCACACCUACAACCUGCUGCAGGUCGGGGACAGCCUGAGAGCCUCCACGUUCAGAAAGGUGCAGACAGAGUCGCCUACUGGAAGUGUGGGCAGCUCCAGAGUUCGCACUACUCUGACCUUAAGUGUGGAGACUAUCGACUUUGACACUCAGGCCUGCCAGUUGAGAGUAAAGGGCACAAACCUAGAGGAGAACCAGUAUGUCAAGAUGGGGGCUUACCACACGAUCGAGCUCGAGGCCAACAGGAAGUUCACGCUGGCGAAGAAGAGCUGGGACAGCGUUGUGCUCGAUAGAAUCGCAACAAGUGAUUGUGACCCGAGCCGAGAUGCUCAAAACAACACAAGGAGGCCAAUUAGUUAUUGUGUCUCUCUGUGUGUGUGUGUCUCUGUCUCUCUCUGUGUGUGUGUCUCUAUGUAUGUGUGUGUGUCUCUGUGUGUGUGUCUCUGUGUGUCUCUGUCUCUCUCUGUGUGUGUGUGUCUCUGUGUGCGUGUGUCUCUGUGUGUGUGUGUGUGUGUGUCUCUCUGUGUCUCUCUCUCUCUCUGUGUCUCUCUCUCUCUGCAGGCGCUGGAGAGGUUCUAUGAGGCUGUGAUGCAGGCAAUUCUUCGCCACAUCAAUUUUGAUGUUGUGAAGUGCGUCCUGGUCGCCAGUCCGGGCUUUGUGAAGGACCAGUUCAUCACCUACCUCUUUCGGGAGGCGGUGCGUCAGGACAACAAAGUCCUGCUGGAGAAUCGACCCAAAUUCAUGCUGGUCCACUCGUCAUCGGGCCACAAGUACUCGCUCAAAGAAAUCCUCUCUGACCCCGCCGUGACCAUCAUGCUCUCUGACACCAAGGCAGCCGGGGAGGUGAAGAUCCUGGAUGAUUUUUACAAGAUGCUCCAGCACGAGCCGGACCGAGCCUUCUACGGGCUGGCUCAUGUGGAGAAAGCGGACGAAGCCCUCGCCAUCGACACCUUGUUGAUCAGCGAUAAGCUGUUCAGACAUCAGGAAAUCGCCAUGAGGAGUCGUUACGUCCGGUUGGUGGACAGCGUGAGAGACAAUGGCGGCAGCGUCCGACUAUUCUCAAGCCUUCACGUGUCUGGGGAACAACUGACUCAGCUGAGCGGAGUGGCGGCCAUCCUGCGGUUCCCCAUCGCCGACCUAUCGGAGACCGAGGGCGACAGCAGCUCAGACGAAGACUGAUCCGUGGAAGUGGAGCAAAGAGGAAGGUCGUCCUGCAGAUAACACGAGCGGUGACUCUGUGUCGUAAAACAAUAAAGCUUGUGUGUCGUACCGUG